GGGCGGGGGCGCGAGGGCCUGUGAGGAAGGGUCCGGAGCUGGCGGAGUUCCUUCAGCCAACGGUUUUUCCCGCCUAGGCUAACGCAUUUUUACCCGAAAUGACAGAACUUAAUUCCAAACGGAGAUUUCCAGACUGGCGACAUUUUACUGAGACUAACAGAUUUUUACCUCUGCCUGACAAGAUUUCACCUCAUACGUCGGGCCCCGAGUGGAGCGGAGGGUAGAGAGAGCCCUCGAAUCGGGCUUUGGGUUUAAAAAAGGCCUGCAAGGAAAUUUCACGAAAGAACAGUCUGGGUGUAGCCAGUAGUGAGAGCCUAAUAAACAUAGGUGGUGGUAUCUCCGAGUGGGAGGAGGGAUUUGAUUUUUCUCUGCAUUUCUAAACUUUGUACUUUAAGCGGUUUUUUUCUUUGAUUUGGUGUUUUUUACAUGAGAAAAUAAAAUUUCCCAUGCCAAGAUGAAGGUCCCGGGUGUGCCCUCAGCCCCUCCCGCGGGCGGUUCGAGGCCCCUGCCUGGCCGUUGAGGCGCCGUGCACGAAUGGAAGGCCUCUGGAUAGCCCGUAAGGAGCCGUGUAGACACGAAUAUUAAAAAGGAGAAAUCCGAGAAAACACCCCACACCGGCAUGUUUACUUUUUUUUAAGCAAAUUACAAAAUAGAACUACCGAUUAGUAUUUUCUUUAACAACUGUUUACUGCUUCCUCUGCUCAGGCCUCUUCUACGUCCUUGGGAUGCAAAGAGUAGUAAAACUCGCUGCUGGUGGUUGGAAGAUAGGCGAAAUGUGAAAAGAUAGAACGGUUUUAGGUUGGCAAAGUGAUGACCAUGACUAUUCAUUUAAACUGAGCCGGCCCACCCACUGCUUCGUGAAUUGGAAAACAGCCAGGAAGUUCGACAGGUCUCAGAAGGCUAAGCAGAAUAAUGGAGGGUCCAAGUCUAAAACAUGUCUAAGGAUAAAGUUUGAUCACUGACAGAAAGCAGGGAUGGAAUCCACAAAGCAGGAAAAUGUCAUAGCAGUGGACACCAGGGAAGAUGCCCAGAGCAAGGGGAAAAGUAAGUGCAGAAGUACAGCCACUCUCACAGCUGUUCUCGGGAAGGGACUGUCAGCUUCUGGGGACCUGGUGGCGUGGCUCCCGAGAGCCUUGAGGUUGCAGCUGACCAAGAUGCACCCACUGGGCCUGUGUAAUAACAAUGAUGAAGAAGACUUGUAUGAAUAUGGCUGGGUAGGAGUGGUGAAGCUGGAACAGCCAGAAUUGGACCCAAAACCAUGCCUCACUGUCCUGGGCAAGGCCAAGCGAGCUGUGCAGCGGGGAGCCACUGCAGUCAUCUUUGAUGUGUCUGAGAACCCAGAAGCUAUCGACCAGCUAAACCAGGGCUCGGAAGACCCGCUCAAGAGGCCGGUGGUGUAUGUGAAGGGUGCAGAUGCCGUCAAGCUGAUGAACAUCGUCAACAAGCAGAAAGUGGCUCGAGCACGGAUUCAGCACCGCCCACCUAGACAACCCACUGAAUACUUCGACAUGGGGAUUUUCCUGGCUUUCUUUGUCGUGGUCUCCCUGGUCUGCCUCAUCCUCCUUGUCAAAAUCAAGCUGAAGCAGCGACGCAGUCAGAAUUCCUUGAACAGGCUGGCCGUGCAGGCUCUGGAGAAGAUGGAAACCAGAAAGUUCAACUCCAAGAGCAAGGGGCACCGGGAGGGGAGCUGUGGAGCCCUGGACACACUCAGCAGCAGCUCCACGUCUGACUGCGCCAUCUGCCUUGAGAAGUACAUCGACGGAGAGGAGCUGCGGGUCAUCCCCUGUACCCACCGCUUUCACAGGAAGUGCGUGGACCCAUGGCUGCUGCAGCACCACACCUGCCCCCACUGUCGGCACAACAUCAUAGAACAAAAGGGAAACCCAAGCACCGUGUGCAUGGAGGCCGGCAACCUCCCGCGCAGCCGGCAGCAGAGGGUGAUCUUGCCAGUGCACUACCCCGGCCGCGUGCACAGGACCAACGCCAUCCCAGCCUACCCCACGAGGACAAGCAUGGACUCCCACGGGAACCCCGUCACCCUGCUGACCAUGGACCGGCACGGGGAGCAGAGCCUCUAUUCGCCACAGACCCCUACCUACAUCCGCGGCUACCCACCCCUCCACCUGGACCACACCCUGGGCCCUCACCGCUGCGGCCUGGAGCACCGCGCCUACUCACCAGCCCACCCCUUCCGCAGGCCCAAGUUCAGCAGCCGCAGCUUCUCCAAGGCAGCUUGCUUCUCCCAGUAUGAGACCGUGUACCAGCACUACUACUUCCAGGGCCUCAGCUACCCCGAGCAGGAGGGCCCGGCGCCACCCAGCCUCGCGCCCCGGGGCCCGGCCCGCGCCUUCCCCCACAGUGGCAGCGGCAGCCUGCUCUUCCCCGUGGUGCCCAUGGCCCCGCCCUCCCACCUGGAGAGCGGCAGCGCGUCCAGCUUCAGCUGCUACCACGGCCACCGCUCGGUGUGCAGCGGCUACCUGGCCGACUGCCCAGGCAGCGACAGCAGCAGCUCCGGCCAGUGCCGCUGCUCCUCCAGCGACUCCGUGGUGGACUGCACGGAGGUCAGCAACCAGGGAGUGUACGGCAGCUGCUCCACCUUCCGCAGCUCCCUCAGCAGCGACUACGACCCCUUCAUCUACCGCAGCCGGAGCCCCUGCCGCACCGGUGACAUGGGGGGCUCGGGCCGGGGGCCUGUCGUGUGCCUCGAGGGCGCCUCCCCGCCCGAGGAGCUCCCGGAGACCCACGGCCAAGGCGCCGGGCCGGGAGAGCCGUGGUCCGGCCCUGCCUGCCCCUCGGGGGACCAGCUGUCCGCCUGCAGCCUGGAGAUGAACUACAGCAGCAGCUCCUCCCUGGAGCACAGGGGGCCCAGUAGCUCUACCUCAGAAGUGGGGCCUGAGGCUUCUCCGAGGGCCGCCCUGGACCUCAGGAGGACCUGGAGGGGCGGCCGCGAGGGGCUGCCGUGUACCUUCUGCUGCGAGCCUCCGCCCUCUGCACCGGAGCCCGGUGUGGGGGCCGCGGGGGGCAGCACCUUGUUCCCGGGCGCCCCGCUCUGUGAGGGCUGCGGCCCCGCGGGCGGGGAGACACAGCCGGGGAGCUCCCAGGGCCUGUGCAGCCUUCACCCAGACCAUUUGCCCAGGACAGAUGGGGUGAAAUACGAGGACCUGCCCUGCUGCUUCUAUGAAGAAAAGCAGGUGGUCCGCAGCGGCGGUGGGGGCAGCGGCCGCUUCACCGAAGACUGUUCUGUGAGUGUGCAGUACACGCUCUCCCAGGAGCCCCUGCCCAGCUGCCCCCCAGGGCUCAGGGACCUGAGCCACCGCAUCCCCAUCAUUCCUGAGGAUGUGGACUGUGACGUGGGCCUGCCCUCGGACUGCCAGGGGACCCAUGGCCUCAGCCCUUGGGCUGGGACAUCGGGACCAGAUGCCCUGCGGCCCCAUAGGGGCCUGGGGGUGGCCCAGAAAGAAGAGCAGGUUCUGUGCUGCCAGGCCAUGAUGCCACUGCCACCUGGCUGCCCUCUAGAGGAGGUGGGGGCUGCCAGGGCCAGCUUCCCCAGUGGCCCCCAGGACACUCAGGAGUCCAGCGUCAGAGCCACCGAGGCUACAGGGCAGAGAUCUCGCCCCGCGGACGGCGGCCCGAGAGCCUGCGCUCAGAAGGAACUCUGAUGUGGACAUGAGGACUGUACGGAGACUCCAAACUCUUCCUUCAAAAAAAAAUUUUUUUUAGCUUUGACAAACACUCUAAGUGGUAAUAAAGAGAGCCCUCCUCAACCCAAAAUGUGAGCCACCUGUGGCAACCUGCCCUCCCCCUCCAUUAACAAACCAACAGACAAAAUUCUGUGAGUCUUUUGCCUCUUUUGAUAACAUGUUACUCUGUUUAGUAAGGUGUGUGUGCUUGGGGUUCCGAGGUGUGUGGGAUUGAGUUCUCUGCUUUGUUUUUUAAGAUAUUAUAUGAAAUGUAAAAAGUUAUUUAAAUAUAUAUUUUAAAGAACCCUAA